ACCUUCUCAGUACAGAACCUUCGAAAAUUUGAAACUGAAAACUGUACACUUUCACAGUCUAGGGUUUGUAAAAAUGGCCUUGAGAGUUCACAGUACGAUACUUAAGAAACGUAACAAGAAGGGGCUGUUGAAGAAAGUUGUUGACUAUCUGAAAUCAGAUUCUUACAUGUUUGCCCCUUUGAUUUCUUCUCCAACGUUUGAUUUCUCCUCACCAACUACUUCUAGCACUGGAGUCGAGACAGAGAAACCCAUUGAGGAGAAGAACAAGAAAUUGCUGAAGAAGGUUGGGGAUUAUCUGAAAUCUGAUUGCUAUAUGUAUGCCCCAUUGCUUGUUCCUCAAUCAUCAGUUUCUGCUACAACCAGGAGAGUCAGUCCUAAUAAGGACCAUGAUGCCCACGAAGUAGGUCCGUUGGCUGGGAAAAACAUUGAUCAACCCCAAGGAGCAACUUGGUAUCUGAAAAGGGUGAGCACAGCAAUUUCAGCUGGGAAAGUAACUAAGAAAAAGAAUCAACCAAUCAAACAGACAGCAAAUGUUAUUGGAGAGGCCCAAUCAUUGGGUGGCUAUCCUCUAGAAAGGAACAAUAUAGUUAGGCGAACUACAACACAUAAGGAGAUGGUGAAACAUAUGGUCCACCAAAACUGUCGCCCUUCCUCUGUGCCAGGAAAAGGGAUAAUUGAGAAGGAGCAAAGGAAAGUGCUUGUUGAAUGAAGAAAUAACUGCCUGUUUUAGAUGUAAAGUAACUGACUGAAUGUGAACAAAUUGUAUAUAUAUUGAACAGGAAUGUGCCUUGUAAUUUAAAAAAUAAAUAAAUAAAUAAAGGACUGUUGUGACAAAUUCUAGACUAGUGUGCAACAU